GUUGAUAAACAUCACCACAAGAAGCACAGAGAGAGAGAGAGAGAGAGAGACAAGAUGCAGGAGCUCAAACUACCACUGCAACUAUGCUUAACAACCUGCAUAAUACUGCAGGUACUGACUUGCUCAAACUCGAACCCAACACCGUCGCCAUGGCCACUGCAAUUCCAUGCACUUCUAUUCAUGAACUUGACCACAACACACCUCCAGCUCAGCGACCUCUGGUACGACUGGCCGAGAGGCAGGAACGUCAACAUAUUUCAGAAGCAGCUGGGUGAGGUUUUGUACGACAUAGAGUGGAACAACGGCACAUCAUUUUACUACACCGUCGGUGACAACGGAAGUUGUGAGGUUAUGGGGUUUGAAGUCGGCAUUCCGAGGCCCGAUUUUCUUGAAGGAGCAGAGUAUCUAGGGACGGAAGUCACAGAUGGGUUUCUUUGCAAUGUGUGGGAGAAGGUGGAUUUUAUUUGGUACUAUGAGGAUGUUUACACCAAGAGGCCAGUUCGUUGGGAUUUCUAUGAUGGAAUAUCUUCUCAGGUAAUGACAUUUGAGGUUGGUGCAGUGUUACCAGAUACAGUCACUCAAGCACCUGCUUACUGCUUCAACCAAGACAAAGAGGCAAAGACCUUAGACAGUAAAUUACGAGGUGGGCAUCAAGUUGCCUGAGCCACGGUUUGGUUGGGUUCGGAUCCGGUUUUAAUUUUUGUAAAUCAUUAUAUAUAUAUAUAUAUAUAUAUAUAUAUAUAUAUAUAGGGAAGUGUUAUUGGUACUUUAAAAAUCUCAUUCCACACUUCUCAUAAGUAUAUUUUGCUUUCCAAAUAUAGAAAGUUUGGAGUGUAGAAUGAGAUUUUUGGAGUGCCAAUAACAAUUCCCUAUAUAUAUAUAUGAAGGAAAUGCUAGGAAUGUCCAAUUUUUAGAUUAUUUUUUGUAGUUCAUAUAAUGUGGUGGUUCAUGAUUGGAGUAUUUCUUCUUUAGAUCAUCAAAAAGGGAGUCCAAUCAUCAACCGGCACAUCACGUGGUCUACAAAAGAUGAUUUAAAAAUUUGGUCUCUCUAGUAUCUUGCUAUAUAAAUGUGUGUGUUUAUUUGUAUAUUUGUAUACUUUAUAUGUGUAGAUCAGUAAACGUUUCCAUGCUCUUACUAAUAAUUAGAUAAGAAGGUAAAAUAAAGUUAUUUAACUUUGGAUUGUAACUACAUUGAAGUCUGAAGGUAUCAAAUGUAUUAUAUUUGAUAUCUUGCUCUUACGACUA